ACAUCUUAAAACUCACCCAUCAUCAUUUUUCUCUCCCUCAUACCACCUCCUCCGCCACCGUUACCGCCGCCAGCACCGCUCUGCCGCCGUGUCUUUUUUAACCACUUCAUGAGAUGAGAGCCGCAACGGCGACUACCGUCCGAACCGUGGUGAUCUUCCUAUGCUUCUUUUCGGCCGCCGCAAAGUUUAAAACCUUUAAACAAUCAUACCACACGUUCAACAAGUCACUAGAGGACUUAGCCAACUCUGAGUUAAAAUUUGAAAAUCAUGCUAAGGUUAGCCAGGAGGCGUUGCAGGUUACUCCCGACACCGCCAAUAACCCUACCGUGUUCAACCUCCAGAACCAAUCCGGUAGGGUUAUGUUCCGACGGAGCUUUAAGCUCUGGGAUGGCGAUGUCGGGAGUAACUCCGAGGUAGCCUCGUUCAACACCUCGUUUCUCGUCAAUAUUUACCCGCAAAACGGGACCGCAGAAGGGUUGGCGUUCUUAAUCGCACCCACUAUCACCAUCCCCGAUAACAGCUAUGGCCAAUAUCUCGGGCUCACGAACGCGACCACCGACAACCAAACAACCAACGGCAUCGUCGCAGUGGAGCUCGACACCUACAAACAACCUUUCGACAUCGAUAACAACCAUAUUGGCCUCAACAUCCACUCCAUCCGAUCGGUAGUAUCGAAACCACUAACGCCGGAAAACAUCACUCUCGUCCCUGACGCGAGUACUCCGGCGUUCCACAACAUAUGGAUUCACUACAACGGCGUCGAGAAGAUCAUCCGCGUUUACAUCGCGGACCAGCCCCAAAAAACCUCACCCACUCCACCAAUGCCGGAAACCCCAAUUAUCGAAUACAAUCUUGACCUACGGAAAACGGUUAACCGGGAUUCUUACCUCGGGUUCGCAGCCUCCACAGGAACCGAAACCGAGCUGAAUUGUGUUCUACAAUGGAACAUAACAGUUGAAUACUUACCCGGGCCGAAGAGUCCGGUGAUGGCGAUCGUGCUCGGUGUUGGGAUUCCGGUGGUGGUGGGGUUAGUGGCGUUGGGCGCGUAUUUGGGUUAUCGUUUAUACAAGAAGCGAAUGGCGAUUCGAUCGCAAUCGAAUAUUCUGAGCCGGCUGCGGACAUUGCCCGGAAUGCCGAAAGAGUACCGGUUCCGGGAACUAAAGAAGGCGACGAAUAAUUUUGAUGAGAAGAGGAGGCUUGGGCAGGGUGGAUACGGUGUCGUUUACCGGGGAGUGUUGCCGGAGGAUAACGUGGAAGUUGCCGUGAAAUGGUUUUCCCGGGAAAGUUUGAAAGGUGAAGAUGAUUUUUUGGCGGAACUUACUAUUAUUAAUCGUCUAAGGCAUAAACAUCUCGUCCGAUUAUUAGGAUGGUGUCACAAGAACGGGAAGCUCCUACUUGUGUACGAGUACAUGCAAAAAGGUAGCCUCGACAUGCACCUGUUCACGGAGACCGCUGAGCCGCUAAGCUGGACCCUCCGCCGCAAGAUCCUAGCUGACGUAGCCUCGGCUCUCCACUAUCUCCACUACGAAUAUGACCAAAAAGUUGUUCACCGCGACAUCAAAGCUAGCAACAUAAUGCUCGAUGCCGAUUUCAACGCUCGUGUAGGUGAUUUCGGCCUUGCCCGUGCCAUUGACAAUGAAAAAACGUCAUACGCCGAGGCUGAAGGCGUGCUUGGAACUGUUGGUUACAUCGCCCCCGAAUGCUUCCACACGGGAAAAGCCACUCAACAGUCUGACAUUUACGCAUUUGGCGCGUUACUAAUCGAGGUAGUGUCCGGACAACGCCCUGGGACAAAAGUCAACGGCUUCCAGUUUAUGGUUGACUACGUGUGGUCCUUGUAUCGUGAAGGCCGGAUCUUGGAUGCGGUCGAUAAACGGAUCGCAGACGAUUAUGACAAAGACGAAGCCCAACGGUUCUUGUUGCUAGGUCUCGCUUGCUCGCACCCUGUUGCUAGCGAGAGGCCGAAGACACACACCAUUGUGCAAAUACUAUCGGGAUCCACAGCUGUACCACACGUCCCACCUUUCAAGCCAUCUUUCGUUUGGCCUGCAAUGAUGCCGAUCGAUGAUCUUUCACUAGCUACCUCAAUCGACACAUCCCCACUCUCGAUAAAUCAAUACGAGACCGACUGGAGUCCAAUGAGUCGAGAAAAUUUCUCGGGUUACACGGACCGGUCCAUGAUUUAGUUUCUUAUGGUGCAACCCCAUAACCUUUAGAGUUGCAUUCUUCAUGGGUUUUCUUUUCUUUAUUUAUUUAUUUUUUUUUCUUGUCAUUUUAUAUUUGGUUGCAGGGUAAAAAUUGUCUGCUUUGUGGUGAGUCAGGUGUUUACAUAUUUUGUAACACUAAACUUGUUUGUUAAUAGGGUCAGGGACAAGUAAUGCUCAUGUAUAGAUUUUAUGGGUUAUUUUCUUUUGUUUCUUUACAUUAGAAAGAAAAAAAAAAGAAAUUAUUAUGUAUACAUUUCUAUCUUGUAAAGUAAGUAUUUAGUCAUCAUUAAA